AGACACGACGGUGAAGAUGUAGACAGGUUAGAAACGACCGAAACGACUCGAAAAACUAAACGUCAAAGUGCCGAUGAAUCACUUGAACGAACGAGAUUGACUCAAUUAGAUGAUAUCGUUCAUCUUUAUUAUUUAUGUGUUUUCUUGAGAAAUAAUUGUUAAUUCAAAGUUAAAAUUCUACAAAUAAUUGAUAAUUGAAAAUUGACAAAGGCUGUGAGGUCUGCUGACAUUUUAAAUUUUACAACAUUGGGGCGUAUUUAUAAUCCGAGAUAAUGCAGGGGCCGAACGAACCAAAAAAGGACAUGGAAUGCUUCACAGCGAUAAUCAUUGAUCAUAACACAGACCACACAACUAAUUUGACCUUUCACGCUGCUGCAUCAUUUACUUCCUCGAUAUACCACAAGAUAAAUGUGGUAACAAACGAAUCCAAGGCGCUGAGUUCACUGCAAAGAGAGCCAUUUACCGCCGAAUCGCUUAAGGGUUUCAUUCGGAAAAUUUGGUCGCUGAAAAUUGAACGAAAGUUGUCGGAUGACACUGCUGUUAGUGCUUUGUCGUUACUACUGCCGGAUGUAGCGUCCAAAUGGUGGGAAGACACAAGGCCGUUCGUCGAAAAUUGGCAUCUCGCCGUUGCAUUGAUAUUGAAAGUACUUGACAGUAAAAGGACACUGCGUGACGCGUGGAGAGAAUUUGAAAGCUCUAACCAUCAAUAUGACCGACAUCUCAUCUCAUUUCUCGCAGAGCAACGGAUAUUGCUAGCUGAAAUUCGUCAGUCUAAUGUCGUUCUUCCAGAAAAAACUGAAAUCGACCUAAUUUUCCAUAAACUAAACCCAACGAUUAGGAAGAAAAUUGAACGGAAAAAGAUCACCUCGUUCGACGAAUUGAUAAGACAGGCAAAAUCGAAUGGCCUAAUGGAAUGCGAUCCGAACCUGUCAGAUUUGAACGAAAAAUGUACAUACUGUCAGCAGCACGGCCACAAUGACACCACCUGUUUUAACAGGAAAUGUGAAGCAGACCAAGCUAAACAGAGACAACGUUACGAAACGUCCAGCGUACCCUCCAUUCCAAUGAAAGUAAACGGUAUCCCGGAUUUUGUUCAUUUUGUGACCGAUACCCGCCUCAACAUCAUAACGGACUGUUUGUACGGGAAACUGCUUCAGCGGGGCUGUUUAUUCGAGCCGUCAAAACAAGUCGUUGCCUCAACUGUAACGACACGGAAUAAUAUUCUACAGAUGGCAACAGUCCUAGUUGAGUGCAACGAACGUCUCAUUGUUACACCAGUUAUCAAAUUGCAGAACUCGCGUGGAAACAAGAACUGCUUUGGUAUAGACUUCACCGAAUCGUGUGAUCUGAUUACGCAAGUCGAAUUAUUGGCCCCUACGAAUGACUAAAGUCCAGUAUUUUGUUUGUAUCCCAAUGUUUUGUAAUUCAAUAAAUCAAAAGCGAAAUUUCAUUUUUUUUACCUGACCUGAAACUUCAGGUGUUCACUCAGCGGGUACAUAUUGAGAAGACCAAGGUUGUCGGCAAUGUUGACAGCCCAA